GACACAUCCACCUCGCGAGUUUAUAAAAGACAGGCUCAAAAAGUGUCAGAACUCGACAGAUACUCAAACACCUAACUGCAGCAUCUACCUCCCACACUCGACCCAUCGAUGUCUCCUACAUACUCCUCAUUCGCAGUGCUCGGUGCUGGCGCUGUCGGUGGCCCCAUCCUCGCCGCCCUCGCCGCUCAGCCCUCUGCGAAAGUCAUCCUUCUCUCGCGCAGCGUGUCGAAGUCGGUCCCUGCAAAUGUCCAGCUCGUCCAAAUCCCGUCGUACGAUGAUGUCCCAGCCGUAACCGCCGCGCUGAGGGCGCACAACGUCGAAGUGAUCGUGUCCACGCUGUCCACCGUGGCCCUUCCGGCUCAGCUUUCUAUCGCGGAUGCAGCGAAGCAGGCCGGUGUCAAAUUGCUCGUGCCGUCCGAGUUUGGCCUUUCGACCGAGAGAGACACCGAGGGUCCGUUGGCCGAGAAGAACAGGAUAAUUGAAAAGCUCCAGAGCAUCGGCGUUCCGUAUCUCCGCAUCUUCGUCAGUGAUUCUGUGCCCUCCCUUGCUUCAGAUCCUGAUGUGAACCUGCAGACCGGAUUGUUGAUCGAGUUUGUGCCCUGGGCCGUGAACUAUAGUGCCGAAGCCAAGAAGCUGUACGUGGUCGGCAAAUCGGAGGGCCCCGUGUCGGUCGUAUCCGUCGAUGAUGUCGGUGGCUAUCUCGCACAUAUCCUUACCCACCAACCAACCUCCGUCCUCAAGAACCAGAUUCUGCGCAUUGAAGGCGACCGCAUCCCAGGCUAUCGGUCCCUCGGGUCGCUCUUCGGCGCGGAGGUCGUGACGGUCGAAGCGAUGGAGGGGGAGCUGUCCGGUCUCAAGGAUAUGUUGAUGGCCCUUGCUGACCAGGGUCUGGCUACCACGGGCUGCGGCGUCGAAGGUGUACCCGAAGCAGAAGCGUCCAAGAGCGGCAACGCGCUGUGGGCGGGACACCAGUGGAAGACAGUCAAGGAUGUUUUUGGUCUCUAGUCGAAGAGAAACGGCCGGUUAAUGGACAAUUCGAGGACAUGCGGUUCUUCCUUU